CGCUGCUCAUCCUCGCCGCUCCUUCCUCGUCGUGCUCGACGUCGACAAAGCCUUUUCUUCGCUAGACCGGCAGGCUCCGCUGGUCUUGUCUAGAACACUCGCAGAACCCAGUUGACGACCACAACCGCAAUUUGCAACUCCCGCCGUCUACCGAUCAGCUUGUUUCUAGCAACGUCCACCGACUCGACGUCAAGGACGCUUUUCUCCAACCAACUCAAACUCUUUUUCGACACAAAACGCUCGCCAACGACGAGCUCAGUCGCUUGUUGACCGAUCGUCUCAAAACAGCAACCCAUAUUCUUUUAUCUCUCUUCUUUUUUCCACAAUGAGUCUUCGACCUCCUUCUACCAGCCCCAGCCCCUCUCCAGGGCCCCAAGAUGCUAAAAUCAGCGCCCGUCAGUCGAUGGGCCCAUCUGCGCGUGGAACGCCGACUCUGGCACCCGCUUCGCCUCGUCCUGGAGGACAGGGAAGCGCCAGACCCACCAGCGAGCUCUUGGGUAGCGGUUCAAUGUUCCAAACACCCGAAGCGGAGGCGCUUGAUCAAUGGUUUGAAAAUCUGCAAAACUAUGAAGCCACUCUGGAGGAUAUGGCUGCAGCUUCCCUCGACGUUAAUUUCAAAGAAGAACUCAGCGCCAUCGAGCAAUGGUUCAAGGUUCUUUCUGAAGCAGAGCGCACAGCCGCUCUUUACAGUCUUCUUCAACAUUCCACUCAAGUCCAAAUCAGGUUCUUCAUCACCGUCUUGCAGCAGAUGGCGAGAUCGGACCCGAUGACCGCCCUGUUGAGCCCCGCUAUGGGCUCCAUGCAAAGUCAAAUGGAGGCCAAGCUGGCCACCCUGAAGUCGCCUGGUCUCAAGUCGCCCCUUCCGGCUUCCCCGACUGCUCGCAACUUCAACCCCGGAAAUCGUCAAUCUUUGGCCUUGGAUAACAAUUCCAACUUCCUCUCCCCCGACUCUGCUGCCAACGCUAACUCCAACAACAACAAUGAUGCGGCAGCGACUCUUGCUCAACAGCGUGCGAAGCUCAAGGCCAGCAAUGCGGCCCAUCGCAUUUCUGCCCCUGUUCUCGCUUCGAGCGGUUCUGAUGCUCGUGCUUCUUGGGGUCCUUCUCAACUCAGCCAAGUCAGCGAACAACAAGGCCCGACCCAAGAGAUCAUCAUCAACCCGUCCCGCCCCAAGAGCAGCGACUUCUCCGGCACUAUUGCUUCACCUCGUCCUGGAGAGAGUAACCAGAGCGAGAGCUGGGCGAGCAUGGUCUCCACUCCUCAUCUGACCAUGUUCCCCAAGCCGGCGGAACCACCCAAGGUUGAAUCACACUGGUCCAGGAACCCUGCUCCUUCCGUUCCGAAGAUGGGCGAUCCCACUACCCGUCGUCGCAACAAGGUUAACAAUGACGGCAAUAACCAACCAGGAUCAAAUACUGGUGUCUACGACGAUAACGGAAACCCGAUUGGCGGACAAGGAGGCAACAACAGGAACGUCAGCGGAGGCUGGGGUUCUAGAAGCCCGGCGCUUUCUACCAACUCUUCGAACAGGUUCGGAGGAAACGACGACAACAACGGCAUGAACGGAUUGGGUAUGCAAAUGAACGGCUUUGGUGUUGGGCUAAGCAGCCCCACCCUCGGCAUGGGUCUUCCUGGCCUGGGUGUACCACCGUUGAGUCCUUUCAACAUGAACAUGGGCAUGUUGAGUGCCAUGGGUAUGACACCCGAGGCCCAGGCGCAGCUUCUUGCGGCGCAAAUGGCCGCGACUGGCUUCGGCCAACCCAACUGGCUCGGUAUGCAGCCCAUGUCUGCUGGCUUGGGCAACCAACGACGCAACAUGUCUGGAGGUCGAUCCCCUGGAUUGAAGAGUGCGUCCAGCGUUGGUAGCCGUGCCGACAGUGGAACCCCCAAGGCUGAAGAGGAUGUCAACCCCGAGUUGCUGAACGACAUCCCAGCUUGGUUGAGGAGCUUGCGCUUGCACAAGUAUACUCCCAACUUUGAGGGUUGCACUUGGAAGGAGAUGGUGGUUAUGGAUGAAGCCCAGUUGGAGGCGAAGGGUGUCGCUGCUUUGGGAGCUAGGAGGAAGAUGCUGAAGACGUUCGAGAUGGUCAGGAAGAAGAUGGGAAUUGAGGGUGGUCCACCUCCCAGCGCUCCUCCCAGCGCAGCUCCCUCCGUCAAGUCCCCUUAAAUGUGGCGACUGUUGAACACCUUUGAAGAAUUUCCCGGGUUCGUGGACCCUUAUACCCUUUCCUGUAUCUCUUCCUCUCUCUCGCAUAUGCCCUUCAAAUUUACUUCUUCCGCGAAGAACGAUAUCUUUUCACCUUUUCCUGUUUGACUGGUUCCUCUGAAAUCUUUCUCAACUUGAUGGACGUUCAUAUGUAUCGGCGGCGUAGGAAGGAUGUAUCGCGUCGGGAAACGCUUGAUCACGAUGACGAUUUUCGAAAUCUAGUAGUGACCUCUUUAAUUUUCUCCCCUCAACUCUUCCUCGACCACCUUCGGUCACCCUUUUUUUUUUUCUCACUUCACCCUUCUCACCCCCUUUUCGGUCUGUGAAAUU